GGGCUUAGGGGGUGAAUUGGUGAUGACAGGAAACUUUUUCCCCGCUAAAUUGUAUUUGGUGGUAGGCAGUAAUUUCAAUCGUAAAAACUUUCCCUCCUUUCGUUUUUGUAGCUGAUGUUGUCUUCGCUUGCUUUCUAGAAAAUAGCAUCGUUGUCUCUGUGUCCUGCAGCCGUCAAGAUUUUAAGAGGACUGAUUUCUAGUCUUUGGUAACAUGGCAAAAGAUGCUGGACUAAUUGAAGCCAAUGGAGAGCUUAAGGUGUUUAUAGACCAAAACCUAAGUCCUGGAAAAGGUGUUGUUUCUCUAUUGGCUGUUCAUCCUUCUACAGUAAAUACGCUUGGAAAACAGCUCCUGCCAAAAACAUUCGGACAGUCUAAUGUCAACAUUGCACAACAAGUGGUUAUUGGUACACCUCAGAGACCUUCAGCGCCAAAUACUAUCCUGGUAGGAAGUCCACAUACACCCAACACACAUUUUGUAUCACAGAACCAGACUGCAGAUUCUUCGCCGUGGUCUGCUGGGAAGCGGAACAAAAAAGGAGAGAAGAAUGGCAAGGGUUUACGUCAUUUCUCUAUGAAGGUUUGUGAGAAGGUACAAAGAAAAGGAACCACCUCAUACAAUGAGGUGGCAGACGAGUUGGUUGCAGAAUUCAGUACCACUGAUAAUCACAUUUCACCAAAUGAAUCACAGGCUUAUGACCAGAAGAAUAUUAGACGACGUGUCUAUGAUGCCUUAAAUGUCCUUAUGGCCAUGAACAUUAUCUCUAAGGAGAAGAAGGAAAUCAAAUGGAUUGGUCUACCUACUAACUCGGCUCAGGAAUGUCAGAAUUUAGAGGUGGAGAAACAGAGAAGACUUGAAAGAAUAAAGCAAAAACAGUCUCAACUACAAGAACUCAUUCUACAGCAAAUUGCCUUCAAGAACCUCGUUCAGCGAAACCGUCAAGCAGAACAACAGGCAAAUCGACCGCCACCGUCCAAUUCUGUCAUCCAUUUGCCAUUUAUCAUUGUAAACACCAGCAAGAAGACAGUGAUUGACUGCAGUAUUUCAAAUGACAAGUUUGAAUAUCUAUUUAAUUUUGACAAUACUUUUGAAAUUCAUGAUGAUAUAGAAGUACUAAAACGAAUGGGUAUGGCUUGUGGCCUAGAAUCUGGAAGCUGUUCAGCAGAGGACCUAAAAAUUGCAAGGAGUUUGGUUCCUAAAGCUCUGGAACCAUAUGUGACAGAAAUGGCUCAGGGAUCAAUCAGCAGUGUGUAUGUCACAUCUUCAUCAGGUUCUGCAUCAAAUGGCACAAGAUUUUCAGCCAGUGACUUUUCCAAUGGUGGAGAUGGGAUGUUGGCUACAAGUUCCAAUGGAUCUCAGUACAGUGGCUCCAGAGUUGAAACACCAGUUUCUUAUGUUGGGGACGAUGAUGACGACGAUGACGAUUUUAAUGAAAACGAUGAUGACGACUGAUGCCCUUUGCUUGUAGACUAUUUUUUGUUAAAAUUCAGCAAGCUUCAGGAAUAAAUUGUUCUAGGGAGAAGUGUCUCAUUAAUUUGCCCCAUCCCUCAAGGGAAAUAUUGGUAAGCAGUUUUGAGUUUAGAAAUUGCACCUCUGAUAAGCAAACAAGGAUUGUUUUAUGUAGGAUAUUUUUAAAUGUGGUGUGGAUGUGUGUUUUUGAUACCAGUGUGUUAAUGCAGAGCCUUUAUUUACUCUUGUUUUAGGGGUUUUUGGUUUGUUGGUUGUUUUUUGUUUGGGUUUUUUUUUUUUUUUUACUUGAAGGAAAAUGGAUUUUGCCCCAAAUGUUCUUGCGAAGUUUGCUAAAGAAAAUGUAGACACAUCAUUGAGAAAUAAAAUGCUAUCCUUCUGUGGAAAAUGAA